AGUCGGCGCAGUUCGUUUAGUGAAGGCGGUGUGUUUGGAAAGAACGCGUAAGAGUCGGUGUUGACAGAGAAGAAAAAUGAAACCUAACAUCAUUGACGUCAUGAUUUCGGUUAACUAUUCUCGUGUUUGGUGAUUUGUUCAUUUUUCCAAGGGCUUGAGACGUUCUCUCCCAUUGUAUUUAUAAUAGUGUAAUGAAUUUAGGCUUGUAUUUUGAAUUUAGCACAAAAUGAAACUGUUCAUAGUGAACAGAUAAGCUCUGAUUGCCAGUUUGUAACAUCAUAUUGCUUUGAAACAUGUUCACCAAAUUCUGGUCCAGAUUGUCGCUAAAGGCGGGAAACGAUAAGAAAAGCGUCAAAGAAGAGCCCCGUGCCGAACACUGGAGCGAUCCAGACGAAAGAAUCGUAUUGUUAGAGUUACCCGUGAGAACGCAGGCGACCCACAGAAAAGAAAAUGGGGUCGGGAGGGUAGCGUGGGGUGUGUGGAGCAGUUACUUGAAGCCAGACAGUUAUUCUAACGGUAAACGCUCCUCCGUUGAUGCAUGGACGACGGUACUUGUGAGCCUUGUGCUCACUCUGGUGUUGAUAAAUGACAUGAACACUUACGGAAAGGUGCGGCCUAGAUGGGCCAAUUCAACUAACCGUAUUUAUUUUAACGCCAGCGAUUUGGUGUCUCAGGAAGUUGAAGUCAACCCUCCCAUGAAUGUGGCAGUCUAUUAUGAGGCUUUGUGUCCAGACAGCAGGCACUUUGUUAUGAAGCAGUUAACACCAGCUUACAAGAAAUUGAAAGAUAUUAUUGAGUUACAUCUAGUUCCAUAUGGAAAAGCAUCUACCUUGGAGAAAAAUGGAAAGUUUACUUUUGACUGUCAGCAUGGACCUGUGGAAUGCCAAGCCAAUAUGGUUCACGCUUGUGUCACUAAUAUUGUCAAGGACCAGACAAAGCAACUGUCAAUUGUUCAUUGUAUGAUUGACAAAAAUAUGCAACCUUUAGUUGCUGGCCAAAAGUGUGUUGAGAGUCACAAAGAGAGAUGGGUAGAUGUUGAGAACUGUGUUAAUUCAGACCAAGGCGCAAGUAUAUUGAAGCAUAUGGGUGAUAUGACUCAUAACCUCAAGCCAAAAGUGAGCUUCAUCCCCACAAUCACAAUUGAUGGGAGUCAAGAUGAUCAAAAACAUGUUCUCCAAGAUUUCCAUAAGGUAUUAUGCCGAAGAUUCAAAGGACCAAAACAGCCUUCAUGUUAAUGGGCAUGGAAUAUAAAGGCUGCUAGUGUGUCUGUUGUAUACAUUUUGUAAUGGCUUGAAUUGUUGUGUGUAGAUAGGUGUGCAAUGUAUCAGCUUUGCUUUUGUGUUGGUUAUGCUGCUGAAUUGUUAAUUCACAGUAAUUGUGUUAAAAAAUGAGAAAGUCAGUCGAACAUAUACUACUUAAAUGAUACAUGUAAGGUAUCUGUUAAUGUGAAUUCCAAAAUUCAAGCAACUUACUUUCAUUGACUUUUGACAAGUAAGGAUUUAUUGUGUUAAAAAAUGAGAAGUCAAUCCAACAUACUAUGUACUACUUAAAUCGUACACUUAAGGUAUCUUUGUGUGAAUUCCAAAAUUUAAGUUUUCUUGACUUAUUUUCCUUGACUUUUGGCAAGUAAGCAUUUAUUGUUAAAAAAUUAGAAAGGCAAUCCAACAUGCUACUAACGAGAUACACUUAAGGUAUCUGUUUAUGUGAAUUCCAAAAUUCAAGUGUUUUCUUAACUUAUUUUCCUUGACUUUUGGCAAGUAAGCAUUUUUUGUAGAUUUUUGCAGUAAGAGGAGAGAUGUAAACUAAGGAGAUGCUUGGAAUAAUGACAAUGUUCAGAAAGUAUCCAACCUUAGACUGUAGGAAAAAAUAACCAAACUGUUUAGCUAGGACAAUAAUCUCCUUCCAAGUAGGCACCUUCCAACUCUAACCCGCAGCUUAGUGUUCAUGCCACUGCCUGAAGCAUUUUAAUAGGUUCGGUUUGGUGUCUUGUAGCAGCUUCACAUUCAUUAUCUCUUAUCUCUCCUCAAAUAUGGACUCAUUCAGCAGUUUUGAGUAGAUAAAUAUUGCUCAAGCCCAGUUGUCCUAUUGGAAGUAUGUAUGUUAGCCUGAGUCAAAAAAAGAAAAGAAAAAAAAAAUCCUAAGUGCACAACAAUGUGAAAUGCAUGUUGACUGCUUUUUGACCAUUGUGAUGUGCAUCAAGAGACCAGAAGUUUUGAAAGCUACAAAUUUGAAAAUGUAAAAUGCACCUUAACCAUUUGUCUCGACUGACUUUGUAACUUUUAGCCAAGCUUAACAUUCCAGUGGUAUAGCAGGCUCCCAGCAAACAUCAUGGCUCUGUGCAAAUUUUGGUUUUAUCCAAGCUUCCAAAAACUACUGAAGGGUUCCCAAGUUGGUAUAAGAGAAGAAACUAUAAAUACAAUGAAAUACCUGCAGGUAUUUCAUUGUCUGCAUUAUGG